AUGGAUUUACUCGCAACGAUAAAGACGCUGAUGCUGAUCCGCAAGAUCAGGCCCAAGAACAAGAGGCGCCGCAGCAUUCCAGAAACGAAGGCCACGCAUAGAUAUGUCGACCCUCCGAGUGACGUACCACAGAGAUAUCCCGCUCAUACAAUCGUCAAGACCACCAAGUAUGCGGAGGAUCGUCAUGUCUCUACCGUCUAUUCAUUGGCCGGCCAUACUCCGAUAAAAAUGGGCAAGAGGUGGGAUCAAGGCAAAUUUCAGCCCGCCGUCGAUGUUCUAAUGGUCGAGGAUAAAGACAAGGCAGCGAUUAACGGAAAAGCUCCAUUUACUUGUCAAAAGAUUACAAUACAGCAUCCAGCCUUGAUAGAGAUCUUGGGACUGAUACUGGAGAACGAAGGCUUCCAUCUUGACGACAAUGGCCCUAUCGUUUUUUAUUCGCCCUUCCGCCCAUUGUACUUCUGCUACGAGGAGAUAGUUGGGCUGUGCGAAAGUACGAAUGAUGACUCGUUGAAGGUGUAUCUGGAAAACCUACUUACUACGCUUAACGACAUACUAGGAGAGACGAGGAAGCAAUCACACCAACUCAAAGCCAGAGGGCUAGUCAACUUCGAUCUCGCAUGGACCUAUUUCCCCAACGGGACCAUGGUACGCAGCAGCGACUGCAACACCAAAAUGGUCUUCAGGGUUGUGGGUACUUCGUACAAGAAGUCGGAAUCUGGCACAGACCUUGUCAUCUACGGUGAAGCGCUCAGAUUCGAUGGAGAGUUCUUCGUCUGGAUGGUCCACGAGAUUUCCAUCCAUGAGUUCUCCGGGAACAAGCCAAUUCGUGGACUGGAAUGUUAUCCGACCGAAUUUCAUCACGACCCGAAAAUACAAGUCAGGGAACUUGAAGACAAAGUCGCCUUCUAUGAACGACAAAACCGAGAAAAGUCCGCCCCGGGAACGGCAUCACCACAGCCGGCAUCGCCUGGGUGGCAUAUGCCUCCAGACGAGGCGGCGGAAACGCCUCAUGUCGCGCGUGGGGGUCCGCAAGAGGACUCUUGCAUCUCAGUGAGCUUGCUUUCUCCAGAAGAUCUUCGCCCUUCAAUGUCUCAGCCCACGUUCUCCCCCACGUUUGAGAGGAUACGCGCCGUGGAGGUCUUGCCCGCGCCCACGUCCUCACCAGCGCGAACUGCAAGGGCCAUUGCUCCGGAAUCAGCGCUCUCCUCGUCCGAGACAUUCGGCUCCGAAAUCAAGACACUUCUGGUCUCCCGCUCGAACCCUGGCUCCGCUGCCAGCCCAUCGACGAACACAGGCGUGACUCCACUUCCGCACAUUGACCGUCGCGGCUUACUUGAGGCUAUUGGUCCUUGGCCCCCGGAAGAGGAGGCGCAUGCAAUGCUGGACACUGUCGUCUUCAAUGUUGGCAUCUCGCAGCAAUUAUUUGAUGUCCGAGCGUUCUCGGAUAACCUCGCCGUGCUAUACCAAGAAACCAGCGCAAAUGUGAGGCUUACUGAGAUCUGGAUUGUGGAAGCCCUUUUGGUAUUUGCUGUGGGUAGGCUACUCCAAAGUAGGGAUGAUGAAAAUGGGGAUCUUCCAGGGACGAGGUUCUUUCAGGAGGCAGUCGAGCGGACUCCUUUGCUAAGUGAUUUGAGGAAGCAUGGUAUUGUUGGAGUCGAGGUGAUGGCUUUGACAGCUCUUUACCUCCAAAUUGCUGACCGGAAAGAUGAUGCCUACUUGCAUUCUAACACUGCGCUGAGGCUCGCCAUCAGUCAUGGCAUGCACAGGGCAAACUCAGCGCCAUGUCUAAGGCGGUCAGAUAACGUGCAUCGUAAUAAGCUUUGGUGGUCUGUCUACAUGCAGGAAAGGAGACUAUGUGCGGCUGGCGGAUAUCCCAUGUCCAUCGAAGACUACGCCAUCACCACAGCCCCACCAUACGAAAUUCUCGGCUUUCCGUCGGCAACAGCAUUGGGUGUCAACGUCAAGACAGCGAGACUGACUGGGAGAAUCACGUCGACCAUCUACUCUCAGAAAGACGACCCCGAGAUUACGUUUGUCAACAAUGUACAAAAUAUUCUUCACUCCCUCUACGAGGUCGAGAAGACGAUGCCGUCUGAGUACUUUAUGGAGAUCAGGCCAGCAGGCGUGCUCGUCGCUGGGCGUCCGUUCAUGGACGCACCAACCACAACUUCAAGGACUAGUUCGAGUCUGUAUACAUCUGUAUAUAUGGCUGUCAUACAUACCGUCAGACCCAUUCUGCUGUAUAUGGCUCGCAACAGCCGGGACCCAGAACGCGAAGACGCUCGAAAUGAAGUCAGCCCAGCUCUGGUACGACUCGCCGAGAUAUGUGUUGAGACAGCCAGUAAGACUCUCGUGAUUCUCCAGGAACUCCGAAAGAAAGAAGUUUUAGCAAAGAAUGCCUUUCACGAUCUGGAUGCUACCUUCUCAGUGGGGUACAUCUUCGUGCUAGUCGAGGCUAUCAAUCCAGGGAAGAAUUUGGGUUUCAAGGGAAUUGACGGAUCCAGAUCUAUCCUCAGAUAUCUAGUCGGUCUGGGGAACCGUGCAGCGGCGAAUCGGCUCGCUGAGCUGGACCAGAUGUGUGUGCACCUAGCGUUACCUGUGCAGCAUGGUACUGGGCAAACACCCCAGCAGUCAUUGACGGACAUGUUGGCAAAGCCUUUCUCGUUUGAGAGCGGCUAUGGGGUCGUUGAACAAAUCACAGCUUCACUCAAUGCUAUGGAGAGGCCGCGUUCGCGAUCCGGAGAUGUGGGCGGGGCCGAGGCCUGUGGUGGGGAUGAUCACCAGAGCUUGGGAUUCAGCGGCGCAGACUUGGCUAGCAUUCCGUUGGAGGGGGAGAAUAGCUUAUACUGGGUUUACCAUACACCUGGCUUCUCAUUUACAGGCGUUGAGCAGACGGAUUGGGAGGCAUUGGAGAAUCAGAUCCCGUGGGGGAACCAGCCGUGA